AUGGUUGCUACAGCUGUCGCAGCGAGAGGUUUAGAUAUUCCAAAUGUGAAGCAUGUGAUUAAUUACGAUCUACCUGCUGAGAUUGAUGAAUAUGUGCAUCGUAUUGGUCGUACGGGACGUGUCGGAAAUAUAGGUCUUGCGACAUCGUUCUUCAAUGAAAAGAAUCGUAAUAUUGCGAGAGAUCUUAUGGAUUUGAUUGUUGAAGCGAAUCAAGAGCUCCCAGACUGGCUUGAGCGUGUCGCAGGCGAUGUGGCUCGAUUCGGAACUCGUAGCGGCGGCAGUCGUGGUGGUCGUGGAAGCGGUGGUCAGAAAUUUGGA